UUCUUUACAAAAAUACUUCUGAUAUUAAAUCUCCUUUAAAAAUACUUCCCUAAAAAUUCUGCAGAAUUUGGAAGGUCUCUUAACGGUAAAAUUUCCAAUAUCCAAGUACAUCCCCUUUACCACAUUUACUCAUACAUCAAAUUUCCUCACUCUGAACUCAACAAUUCUCGUCACCCAAUAAAUAAUAGAAACCAAUUUUCAACCUUUUGUUGAAAACCCAUUAAAAAUCCAAAAUAGCGUUAAAAAAAUGAAGAAGACAGACAAUGUAUCUCAAUCCCUUGAUGAAGAAUCUCCGAUUGGAGCGAUUUUUUGCCUGAAAAAGAAGACAGAUGAUAUGAAGAAGAUCGAAGAAAUUGAAGAUUGCUUCAUCUUGGAUUUUGAUCCUUUUGACCCCUCUAAUCUUUCUAGUCCUUCACCUGCAAAACAUUUAGAUUUUUUUGAUGAUAUUGAUAUUUCUAUUCUAUCCGAAAAGGGCAAGGUGGCUUGUAGAGAUUACCCACAUCCAAGGCAUCUUUGUGCGAAAUUCCCAUUUGAAAAGACACCCCAUGAAUCACAUUGCAAUAUGUGCUAUUGUCAGGUUUGUGAGGUAGAAGCACCUUGCAAAGAAUGGACAACAAGUUUGAAACAUUGUGAUACUACAAAGGAUAAGAAUCAAAUUUAAGAUUUGUCAAGGGCUCAAAAUAUUAAGGACAAAGUUUAAUGUCAAUUGAUUUUAAAAUGCUCAGUUUUUGUGGAUGAUUGUAAAUUUUUAGAGCUUAAUUAAUUAGUCUAAUUCAUGCUUUGAGUUUGUCUUUGCUUCAAGUACUUGGAUUUGAUAAUUGUGAAUCAAGCUAUAGACUUGUAGUAACUUGGCGUAUGU